AUGACUUCCGCUGCUGGGAUCCUCGAGGGCGACGGUCAAGAAGCCUUCGACAGAGAGUCCUUGACCCAGCAACAAGAUGCACUGGACCGAGCUUUGCAAAAGGUGGCGGGAUAUGCGGAAGCGCGACAGGCAUUUGGAGUGCGGCAGUCCUACUACGAAGCCAAAGACAUCUUCACAAGUUGGACUGUGUCUCGGGUGGGUGCGAAAGCAGAGGCUGCGAAAGCAGAGGCGCCCGCUGAAGGCAAGAAGCCGGGGGAGAAAGGCAGCGGCAAGAAAGAGGAGAAAAAGGAAGGUGCGCAGAUCUGGAUUGGCAACCUCGCGGAGAAGAUCGCCACAGAGGAGGAGAUCCGAAAACACUUCGGAGGCUUCGGCCAAAUCACGGAUGUCAAGUUCAAGAUGAACAAGAAGAGGAACGGCGACCUGAAGCUCUUCUAUGCCUUUGCGACCUACGGCUCGGCAGACCAGGCAAAGGCAGCCGUUGAAGCCAUGAACGGCCAGGUGAUCAGCGAGGGCACAGAGCCUCUACAGGUAUCUUUCGCAGAUCGCCAGCUCAUGGAGGGCGGAAAGGGCAAGGAGGGCAAAGGGAAAGGGAAGGAAGCCAAAGGAGGCGGCAAGGGCACCACCAAGGGCAAAGGAAAGGGGAAGGACAAGUCUGGCCAGACGAACCCAUACUACCCAUACACUCCAGAGCAAGUUCAGUACGCCUGGGCAAUGCACGCGCAAUACUACCAGCAGCUCGAGGCGCACGCUCUUCAGGCUCAGGCCUACUACAGCGGAUUCACUGGCCAGGUCAUUCCAAGCCAGGCAGCCAUCUCUGCUGCUUCCCAGAGCGCUGGCACGUCGACUGCGAAGACGCCGGCAGCACCUCCUUCGAAGCCGCCUCCACCCCCGGACAAAGAGUUCACUGGGCAAGUGAAGUCCAUCAGCGCCAAGAACGGCUACGGAUUCAUCAUCUGUGACGAGACAAAGAAGCUUUACGGCCGCGACGUCUUCGUGGAGCAGAAGGUUCUGCCGGAGGGUGUCGAAGUCCAAUCGAAGGUGACGUUCACCAUCGAGCUGAGUGAGAAGGGACAUCCGAGGGCUACCAAAGUGAACCUGGUUGCUGGGGCGUGA